AUGUUUGAAAAUGUUCUACGUUUGGGAUGUGUCUUCAGAGCUGAAGAUAAUUUACUUCCUAGUCCAAACCUCCUUCAGGACAAUGUGGGAUGGGACCGGGCAGGGUAUGAAUCUAGGACCACCAAGAUGACCGAACAACAGUUCAGCGCCCAUACCAAACAACCAGGUGCGGUCAACCUGUUGUCCACUUCUCAUCUACAUCAAUGCAAUCAAGAUUUUGUGGGGGUGUUGUCAAUCGGACAAGAACUGACCAGCAUAAGCGUACUAGACUGUGCCAUCAACUGCUUGAAAAAUCAAACUUUUUGUAAAGGUUUCUCUUAUGACCUACAGACAGGAAGAUGCACUUUCGGUUACUGUAUCAUCCCAUGGCCAAAUAGUACAAGUCCUACUGUACAGUUGUAUCAGGUACAGCAGCCAAAGUGUGAAAACACACCAGGUUUCCAAGUCUACACCUCUGGUAACAUCAGCGCUUGUCUCUGGAUGUCUUCAACGCAGAACAACUAUACAGAGGCAGCAGCGCAUUGUGUAGCCAUGGGCGCAACUCUAAUGUCACUGAAGUAUGCGGAGAAAUUGGACAUUUUAAAGAAGAACUGCAACACGUCUGUUUACAUUGGCCUUGAUGACUUGGGGACAGAAGGGACUUUUGUUUGGCAUGACGACCAGACAGUCCUAGAGAGUGAGCUUCUUCAUCAAAUAUUUAUCUCAGGGGAACCUAAUGAUUCUAACAACAAUGAAGAUUGCGUUGAAUAUAGGAAUAUCAACUUGGCCCUGAACGAUAUUAUUUGUUCCGAGGUACGAGACUAUGUAUGUGAAAAAACUUGUUUUCUUUGUUAAUUUAAAACUCAACUUUGUGAUUGUUUUUAAGUGGAGGAAGAAUGAGGCUCUGAAACAGAUAAAAUUUCUGCUUGGUAGUGAUGUGUAGAUACAAAAAGAAAUAGUGUGCAUUUGCCAGGAAGUAAUGUGCAAAUGAAAAUUGUAUACUGCACUUGCCAGGAAAUGAUGUGAACAUGUGUGAAAGUAGUGCUAGGAAGCAUUGUACAGUUUUUUUGUGUGUGAAAAUGUUGAAAGAUUGCUUUUUUUUUUUUUUAGUGUCUUGAUGUUUUUCUGAAGUAAAUUAUAUUACCAUUUUGUAAUGUAAAUAUAUUUUAUUAAAAUAAGUAUGUGAUAUCUGGCCUUGGCUAGCUAUCA